AUGGUAGAGAUAGCCCAAAACCAAGAGGACAAGGACUGCCACAGUCCAGUAGCACGAUACAUUAGCCUCCCUACAGCUCCAAAUUCCCAGGUUGACGAAAGCCUUGUCUCAGACGACUGUGACAAUGUCAUGACCCUGGAGCAAGUCCACUGUUUUCUUGAUAUUGCGAAGGAAUCCAGUAUCCUGGACUCAGUUCAUUUGAAACUUAAAAACAGUCGUUUGCCUAGUGAAAUGGCUGACCAUCAGAGCCGGGGAUACUUGCCUAUCGAAGUGUGUUUGGGAAUAUUGACCCGUGAUAUCAUCAAGGCUCUGAUCAAGGAAACUCACUCUGGCGUACCGGUUGAAGAAUUCAAAAAAUUACUAAACGCAGCCAUCGAGAGCCCCCGACUUCUCGCUAUUCUGAUCCUGAUGGAAUCAAUUUCUCUCCUAAGCGUCGUCGAGAAGGCAAAGAUUUUCGAUCGACACCUUCCCCUUAUAGAAGCACCAAAUGGUGUCAACAGCGGACUGCGAACAAGCAUAUCAGGGGAUAAGGUAACGCAUCUACUUAGCAACUGGACCGACAAUAUGCUCUGUGUGUUCGAUGCCCAUCAAAAUACUGUAUGUGUCCCAUUCUUCAACUUCGAGUUGGUUGAGGACAAGAUUCCGUACUUUACACUUGUUUCCGGCACACACUUGCCGUGGAAGAGUUGUGGCGUGAUGGCAACAGGGGGAAGUGGAAUCAUUCGACAAGUUUCUAUACAUCCAGGGCACCACAACUUCAAAUCCGAAAAGAGCUCGGAGCAAGAGGAGCAUUAUUUUGCACUGAAGGAGAUUGGCACACUUUGCAAGGAUAGCUAUCUACAAGAGUUGAGAGCUUUGAGGAAGACCCACGCUACAGAUGCAAUCAAAAUGCAUCUAAUUAAGCUGCUCCUGGCUUUUGAACACGGAACGCGGAAGUUCUUGAUGUUUGAAUGGGCUGAUGGCAACCUAUAUGACUACUGGAAGGGAAAUGCUGCCCCGCCAGAACCAACGAUUGAGAAGUGUAGAUGGGCAGCAAAGCAGUGUCUUGGGCUCGCUGCUGCCCUCGGCAAAAUCCACGGACAUGACAAUUUGGGGGAUCCAUCCUACUCAAGCGACACUCCUGAAAAGAAGGAUGCGGAGGGAGAUGAGAAGGACUGGGGUCGUCACGGGGAUAUUAAACCGCAAAACAUACUGUGGUUUAAAUCCUAUGCCAAUGAGAAAGAUUUUCUGGUCAUCUCAGACCUGGGACUGACUCGGUUUCACUCCCAGGGGUCCAGGUCCAAGGUGUCUCCUAGUGGUCUUGAAGGGCAUACAGCGGCUUAUUGUCCCCCGGAGAUGGUCGUAUCCAAGCACAUUUCCCAAAGAUACGACAUAUGGUCUCUUGGAUGUGUUUUCCUAGAGUUUUGCACUUGGUGGGCACGGGGCUAUCAGGAGGGUAUUCUUCGAUUUGAGUCCGAUCGAGGUGAUUGGGUGCCAGGUUUCAUCAAGAAUAACAAUUUUUUCAUCGUGUCAAAGUCAGAGGAGUCGUACAUACCUGCUCAGAUAAAUCCCGCCGUCUCACAGCAGAUCAAAGACCUUCUGGAGUCUCACGGGGACGAUCGAUUCGCGGGUCCGAUGUUAAAACUUGUGAAGAAUAAAAUGCUUGUUGUCGACAAAACAAAGAGAGCCGGAAUUGUCGAAGUUCAUGAGGAACUUUCUGAAAUGGUCAAGAAACUUGAGAUUUCUAAGGGUUGA